AUGUCCGCUCCUGCCGUGUCACGGUCACGAUUUCAGCUCUCUCAUCUAACCCCCACCACUUCCUUCUCUUCUUUAUUCGACAGGACGCGACGCGCAUCGUUCUCUUUGAGUAUGGCGUCGCUUUCUGUCCCGACUAUUGUUUUCCUUUCGCUGGUGCUCGAUUUGUUUGCCUUCACACUCCCCCUGCCGCUCUUUCCGAGACUCAUCGAAUGGUUUACGAUCCGCGAGUCUUCUGACCCAAACGGCUUUCUCUCACAAACCCUCAACUUCGUUUCCAAUAUCCGUGGCAUUUUCUACAACCCCGCUUCCCAUUCUACGAAAUGGGACGUUGUCCUCCUUGGCGGACUUAUGGGCUCGGUCUUCUCAACUCUCCAGUUCCUCGUUUCACCGAGGAUUGGGUCGCUGUCAGACAAGUAUGGGCGCAAGCGCAUAUUGCUAAUUACUAUGAUCGGAAAUAUUCUUUCCGCGAUAAUAUGGAUGGUUUCGUCCAAUUUUGCGACUUAUAUGCUUUCGCGGGUGGUGGGUGGCCUCAGUGAGGGAAAUGUGCAACUCGCAAUCGCCAUCCUUUCUGACGUGACGACGCCGGCGGAACGAUCCAAAGCCCUCGCCCAUGUUGGCAUAGCAUUUGCGAUAUGCUUCUGCAUUGGCCCUCCCAUCGGGGCAUACUUCGCUACACGACCACUGCCCAGUUCACUUAACACCUGGGGUCUAGAACUAAACGUCUACGUCGUUCCAGCCGCAAUCACAUUGAUCCUUCUCCUUGUAGAGACGCUAUUCCUCAUCGUCGCCCUCCCCGAAACAAGAGGCAAGCGCAUUGUCUCAUCGACAGAGAAGACCAACGGGGCUUCUCCUUCGAAGCCUAUCAAGAAAGCUAGUGUUGAGCAACGGAUCAAAACACUCAGGACUCUCCGAUGGCUGCACUUUUUAUUCCUCGGCGUCUUUUCUGGUGUCGAGUUUACUCUGACCUUCCUCACAUUCGACUUGUUCGAUUGGAACAACCGGCAGAACGGAGCCUUGAUUGGGUCUAUUGGAAUUGUCAGCGCACUCCUCCAAGGGGGAUAUGUGCGGAGAGCUACAUCGAAGAUUGGCGAAGGAGUCAUGGCUCGCCGUGGCGUGUCGAGUUGCGCGGCUGGUCUCGUCUUGCUCGCCCUUCUCCCCAAUUUCACCACAUCACGCCCCACACUCGCUCUCCGACUGCUGCAAGGGGCUGCGGUCUGCAUGGCGUUUACCUCAGCCACCGUGGUCAACUCCUUGACCGCGUUUGCAUCACUCCAGUGUGAUGACACAAGCGUCGACCCGAUAACCGGAAAACCAAAGGAGCACUCGCAGCUUGCCAAGGGUAAAGCCCUUGGCCAGUUCCGAUCCUCAGGGCAGCUUGGACGCGCAAUCGGCCCUCUUCUUGCUUGUGCCUCGUAUUGGACGUUUGGUCCAUCGUGGACCUACGCCAUCUCUGCUGUCGCCAUGACUGUUUUGUCGGUGGGCAUGAGGCCCAUAAGUGCUACAAAAUCAUCGUAA